GUAAUUUCAAUAUUAAUUUUUUAUUAUUAUUACAAAAUUCAGCUUGCGAAAUCAAAAAUUGCGUGUUUAAUUAAAAUUGCUAAUAAGUUUGAUAUGUGGAAAAAAAGAUCACGAACCCUUAAUUAGACUAAAAUAAGUCAAAUAAAUUAAACAUGCUGGCGUAGUGUACGGUAUACCGCUCGACGGCUAUAUAUAUUCAGGCAAAGGUCGUAUUCAUGUUCUUGCCAACUGAAGCCGCAAACCGCCGCCUUUAUACCAGUAAUUACCAAUUCAAUCAAAACGGCAAUGGCGAAUGUUUCUUAUAAGCUCUUCUCACUCUUACCCAUUUUUCUGACAUUAUUACUUUCACUGCCAACGGUCACAGAGGAGGCGUCCACGAACACUACUUUAUUCGACGUCGAGGCUUCGAUUCAGAAAACGCUCGACGUCUUCUCUGCCGUCGAUUCUUCUCCGGCGGCGGAAGAGGAAUCUCUUCAAGAAGAUAACCGAACUACAUUUCCUUCCUCUUCUUCUUCGAAGUCUUUCCCACUGAGAUCUCGGCUGGCGGUCGGGCCAACCGGGGAGAAAGAUUACGAGUCGCUCGUGACCGCCCGACUCGCGCGUGACUCGGCUCGAGUGAAAUCGAUCCAGGCCCGCCUGAAUCGGGCGGUCAACGCGCAGGUUACAUCCGGGUUGAGUCUGGGUAUGGGCGAAUACUUCGCCAGAGUCGGGAUCGGAGCGCCGGCAAAAGGGGCUUACAUGGUGGUCGAUACGGGGAGCGAUUUCACCUGGAUCCAAUGCCAACCUUGCCCAUAUUGUUACCCGCAAAAGUUCCCCAUUUUCAAUCCCUCAGAUUCUAAGACUUUCUCUUCACUCCGGUGCGAUUCUGGAGUGUGUGGGUCCCUGAAAGGUCGGAAGACCUGCCGGGAGAAUGCCGGCCGGUGCGGUUACAAGGUGGGCUACGCAGACGGAUCCACAUCCGCCGGCGACCUUGUGACGGAAACGAUAAGCUUUGGCGGCAGCACGGCGGGUAAGAUCGCGAUCGGCUGCGGACACGAUAACCCCCGCGGCGGAUUUGUUGGGGCCGACGGAUCGAUGGGCCUGGGCCGCGGCGGUUUGUCGUUAUGUUCCCAGAUGAGGCUCUCCUCUUUCUCGUACUGCCUGGUCGACCACAACUCUAAAUCCGGGUCAACUCUAGACUUCAAUCCGCCGAUCCCGGCGGAAUCCGUCUUCGCUCCGUUACUCAAAAGUCCUCGCGGAUUGAAGGCUUCCUAUUACGCUGCCCUGGCCGGUGUCAGCGUCGGCGGAGAGGGUAUGAUUAAAAUCUCGCCGGGCGGCGGCGGCGGAAUCGUCGUCGACUCCGGGACUGCGUUGACCCGGCUGCCGGGGAACGUGUACGGCCCGAUCCGCGACGCCUUCGUCCGACUGAUGGGCAACCAUGGGACGGGCCCCACACAAUUCCCCCCGUUUGACACGUGUUACGAUUUGCGGAGCACGAAGAGUGUCUCCGUCCCCACUGUGUCGUUCCACUUCACCGAUAAGAUUAAGCUGGAUUUGCCGGCGAGGAAUGUUCUGGUGGCGGUGGACACGUCGGGGAAGCAUUGCUUCGCCUUUGCUCCGGCGACCCCUGCAAUCAUGGGGAACUUUCAGCAACAGGGGAUGCGGGUCAGUUACGACUUUGUCAACCGCCGCGUAGGUUUCGCUCCUGCUCAAUGCUAGCCAGCUCUAAUUUGUAGCCCAUGUUUGGUUUCUCGCGCUUCUCCCCCAACACACGCUGCAAUAUGUAGCAUUUUUUUCAAGUAUAAAACAAAACAGCCCUUACAUCCAAACAAACCCAUAGAGUUUGUAAUUGUUGUUUACUUGGGAUGUUUUUACUUGAUGUUAAUUUGAUGGUCUGAUCUGGUCUAAUUUCUUUGUAUUUUUAUACUCAUCCAAGUCUAAUCUGGUCUGGUCUGUUCUGAUCUGGUAUGAAACAAAUUAUAGUCCAAGUAAAAACAUCCUUACACUUAUUAGGUAAUCCUCCGUUAUCACUAAGGUUGUCUCAUUUUUUUUUUUCAAUUCGUCCCACUAAUAAUUC